AAGUAGUAUUAUUGGAUAAUGAGAUAGUACAGUUAGUCCAUUCUUAUGACCCUCAAAACUUCAGGAAUUUUACCGAGAUUGCUUCCGGAGGUUCCGCCCUAGUUUAUAACGUAUAUUGGAAAAGUACAUCAAGAUUCGCAAUUAAAAAAUACAAGAGUUUUAAUAAAGAAGCUAUUAUUAAUGAGAUUUAUUUAAUGGGAAUGGUUAACCCUCAUCAAAAUAUAAUUCAAUUUUAUGGAGUUACGAAAUCAAAAGACGAAAUAAAUUAUUCGCUUGUUCUUGAAUAUGCAGAUAAUGGAACAUUAAGAAAUUAUUUAAGAAAUAUUACUAUAACCUUUAAAUGGAUGAACCAAGUAAGAUUCGCUAAAGAAAUUGCGAGUGCGAUUUCGUGGUUACAUGAUGAUAAGGAAAUCAUACACGGAGAUCUUCAUCCAAAUAAUAUCUUAAUACAUAAAGAUACAAUAAAAUUAGCAGAUUUUGGACGUUCGUGUCAAAGAGGAUCAGUUAGUCAUACCGAAGUGUGUGGUUUAAUACCCUAUAUGGAUCCUAAAUUUUUUGAAGAAAAUCAUUCAUAUGAUUUAACUGAAAAAUCAGAUAUAUAUAGUUUGGGAGUAUUAUUUUGGGAACUAACAAGUCGUUUAUCACCGUUUGAUUUUGAAAAUAAAGAUAAACUUGAAAUUAUUCAAGUUAAACAAGAUAUUCUUAAUGGUAAAAGAGAAAUUCCUAUUCUGAACACAAAUGAUAAAUUCGUUUCUCUUUAUAAAGAAUGUUGGCGACACAAUCCAGAUGAAAGACCAUCUAUUUGCAAAGUAAUUGAAGUACUUGACAGUAUUAAUCCUAUUGAUCUUAUUGAUCCCAAAAAUAAUAAUGUAUCAACUAAUCUUAAUUCUAACAAAAGUGAGUCAACAGAAAAUGAAGAUUCUGACUUGCCAAGUUGUGAAGAAUAUGACAUAAAUUCCGAUAGAUAUAAUAUAUAGAUAAAUUUCAUAUCAUUUCUUUUUU